AUGCCGUCCUCCCCUACCAAGCCGACGCUGGCUCCUUUGGAUACGUCCAAGGCGCUGGUCUUUCCGUCUGAAUUCCAUGACAGUCCAUUAUUUUCUGCGAAGUUCGAGAUGCUUAAGCAUGAAGACGCCUUGAAGACACCGAUCACUCCUCCGGUCGCGUACACUGAUUUGCUCAAGACGUUGACGCCGAUGGUCGCGACCCCUCUGUCAUCAAGCACGCUCUCAACAGACAAGUCUUCAAAUCCGUCAACAGGCACAAGCCCAUACUUUUGCAACUGUGAACAACAUCCAAGGUCCUUAACAAUCCCUCUCAAAACUCCAGGGUCCGCGGCGACAACCAAGUCACAGCCAGAACGGAGCCAGAGAACACCAAGAACGCCACUCAACCUGCGGCCUUUACGCAUUUCGGCAUCAGCGAAGGGUUCGCCCAUCACAGAGUCCCCAAGAAGCGCUUCAUUGCGUUCAAUUUUGUCUCCGGCGGGAGAAUGGCCUGUUGAUGCAAAAGUCCGCUAUCUUGAUGCAUCACGUUGUUCUUCGUGUGCCCGCCCCGUCACUGUCCGUCAAGUUGUCACACGGACAAUAACCUAUAAACGAACCCCGCUAGACCCUGCACCCAGGGGAAAGAGGAGAAAAAUGGAAGAAAAGAAGUAA